AUGUUGUUUAACGAAACUGUAUUCCAACUUGUCUUUUAUCACGACGUAAGAACAGUUGAGGAGUAUUUUACUAAAACAAACGUUCGAUAUUUCAUUGGUCAAUACAGAUAUAGUAUAUUAUCAGAUCUUGAAAACGAAAAAUACUACAAAACUAACGACAAGUAUGAGUUUCUUCUUCACUACCCCGAACUUAACGAAAGUAGCUAUAAUUGGUGGCGUCAGAGUCUUUCUCCCACUAUCCAAAAUGAAAACUCAUCCAAGCAAGGCACCGAUGACCACUAUGUUCUUGGAUAUGAAAAUAUAAGUGUUCAAAGAACAUCUAAUAAUUGGGGUGGAUUAAGUUUAACUGCUAAUAAAUACGGUUCGUAUAUUAAUGGUGAUAUUAAUACCAUUGGUUGGCACUAUGCUAUUGGAUGUUAUGGACAUGAGUCAGGGAUUCCAGGUCCUUUUGGAGGCAAACCUAAUUAUUUAAAGUUUGUAGCACUUUACGAUAAGAUUAAUAAUCUUAACAUGAUAAAAUGUAUAACAAUUAAAUUUAAUAGAAAUUCAUUCUUAAAUUCCAACUUAUUACUCUAUGUUAUUAUAAUCGUGUAA